AUGCAUGUCCAACUUCGAAAUGAUUGGUUAAAAGGACAGAAGUCUUUAACUGAACGAUUUCAAACUCUUAUGAAUGAACUUGAUGAAAUUAAGAAACUAAGAGCCAACGAUGCUAUCGAGUUAUCUAGAUUUCGUACAAUUUUAAUGCAGUUAGAUGCAAAUUCACUUAUCGAUUCAUCGAAUCACAUUAAUUUUGGUACUGCUGAUUAUGAGGACAAGUCUUUAACUGAUACAGACUUUACAGAGUCGAAUACAAAUACUAUAAACCAAAAAAGUGUUAAUUUUAGAAAAAAUCCUUUGAAUGAAACUGAAGAAAAUCCUAGAGAUCAAAAUGAGAACAUUGGUUUAUUUGAUAAUAAAAAUCAAACAAAUAAACUAAAAUCAACAUCUGUUAAACCUUCACUUCGACCUAGACCUGUUCCAACUUAUGGGACUCAGUAA